AUGUCGACGGGGAAAAACUUGCCAAGAGAUGCAGGAAAGUUUCUGAUGUGCUCCGGCCUGCCUCACGCCCACUACGUGCUGGUGGAGAUGCUGGGCGCCUUGCCGACCCCUGCGGCGCACGCCACCAAGAUCGGAAUUGGCUUCUGCCUGCCGAAGGCAUGUUUGCCGGUGGAUGUGCCCAUGUUGCUUAACACCACUGCGGCGCAGCGGCUGGUGCCGGAUUUAGGUGUCCUCCACUUGUCGGACGUCCAUGCCUCAGAUCCUGUGGGCGGCCUGGUCUCGCCCGGUGCCGGGUUUGUUGCCUCCGUCAGCCUUCUCGUCGUGUUGGCCGGUUUCAUCGCCUUGUCAACAUGGAUGGUGCGCGCGACGAGCCGCAGCAGAGAGGAAGCGCCAGCCGCAACUGGACAAGCCUCCGGAAGCUCUCGAUGUUUUGAGGCCUUUGCGCUGGUUGGGCGCACGGGCACUGUGUCGAAAUUGGUGGAGUUGCCACCGUCAAAGCCAACAGAUUGUUUGAACGGCCUGCGGGUCCUUGCCAUGUGUUGGAUCAUCCUCGGUCACACCUUCUUGAUGCCAGAAGGCGUUUCUGGCUAUGCCAACCCACAGGACAUUUCGCUCGGUGGCUUGAAUCAAGCGGUUGCGGAAAAUAAUCCGUUGCUGAUGCUGAUCAUCCAGGCUGAAGCGAGUGUGGACACCUUCUUUUUCUUGUCUGGCUUCUUGCUGUCCCACCUCACACUUAAAGAUCUCCAAAGAGGAGGAGGAGUAAAUCAGUUGCUCGCCAUCCUCCUCAGAUAUCUGCGCCUCACACCCAGCUUGGCGCUGACCAUGCUGGUCUACGUCGGCAUCCUUCCCUAUCUGGCUUCUGGCCCGUUUGCGCUGAGCCUGCAAGACUCCAUCUUCCGGCGCUGCACCGGGUCCUGGUGGUCCGAGCUGACCUACACGAUGAACUUUAUUCCGUUUGAUUCCGAUAAAGUUUGCAUGGGAUGGACGUGGUAUCUUGGGGAUGACAUGAUCUUCUUCAUCCUUGGCAUUGCCAUCAUUCCCAUCUUCCACAAGGCGAAACUAUUGGGCUGGUUCCUCCUGCUGGUGCUAACCGGCACAUCCUUGGGCAUCACCGCCGGGCUGAUCGCGAAGUACCACCUGUCUCCCUAUGUCUUUGACCAGCAUUACACCGAGUACUCCUACUACGCCUACAGCAAGCCCUACACCAGGGCCCCGGCAUACUUCGUUGGCGUGGCUGCAGCCUGGGUGCUCCAGACCAUGGAGGAGCGAGGUAUUACGCGGGAGUCGCAAAUUUUUGGGCCGAAGCAGGCCCUCGUCACCACCACGGCCUUCUUGCUUGCUUUGGGGGUGCUCUGCCUCAUUGUCUUCAUUCCAGCGACUGACUUCGGGAGCUCCCGGAACCGCUGGAACGACUUUGAGAGCAUACUUCUGCUGGACUUUGGACGGCUUUUCUGGGCGCUGGCAUGGUCCGUGAUCACUCUGCUCUGCUACUACGGCCGUCUACCCCUCGUCAACGGCUUCCUUGCCCAUCGGUUCUGGGCGCCUUUCGUUCGCCUCACCUACGGCGCCUACCUGAUGCACCCCCUGGUCAUCAAACUGGCAGCGGGCACGGCCGUGCAAUACUACACCUUCUCGGGCAUGGAUGUGUGCUAUCGUUUCAUUGGCAACUGCUCCAUUGCCUACGCCUGCGCUGUGGGCCUUUGGUGUUUCAUCGAGCGACCGCUCAUGACGUUCACAACUGCAGGACUGCGCAAGCCGCGUGCAGCGAGCGAGCGGAAGGGCUCCGCAACCUCGCCCCUGGUGGAGAACGGGGCAACGCCCUCGAGCGUCGGAAGCCAGCCGCAACGGGCGGCAUCCAGUGCCUGA